CACUUAAUGAAUUAAUCGCCUGUCCGCGAAUCUUCAACAUGUUUUACACUAAUAAAUCCUUUUGGAACGAACUGUGUGGAGUUUACUACGAUUAAAUUGCUGGUUUAGAAGAGAAUACACGGACAGUUUUGAGACUGGUAGUUGUCAGUUUACGGCUCUCCCGAUUUAUUUGUAUGGUAUCCGCAAACGGUGAUUUACUGUCGUAACACGCUAGUUGACCGUUACACUCUCUCCUAUGAUAGAACCGCGGAUGUUGUUAUAACAGUAUAUAGAACAUCUCUUAGAGUUACGCAGCAUUUGAGAAAGCAACAGUGAUUGUAAUAUCAAUUUUCAGGAAGUGUAACGGCCGGCGGAAUUCAGGAUAAGGCUGGUGAAUAUUGAACAAACACCUGCAUGUAUGUUCGCUGGGAAGCUUGCGGGAAUCAAAGAUGAUCUCAUUUGUAAAGCAAGAUUAACAUUUAUUAAUAGUCGACAGCAAAGAAAAUGAGUGACAAGGGAAACAGGAAGUUCUCUCCUCGAUACAGAAGACAGGAGGCAGCGGAUGAAGCGGAGAGCUGGAGGAGCCCGCCAGGACGAGAGAAUGUGAGAUAUGAGCACAGUUACAGUCCUAGGACCAACAUUAGAGCCUGUGACAGUGACGGGAACAGAAGAGCCAAAGCCUCAUUGUCAUAUGGCUCUCCUGAAGGAAAAGCGUUCGGACAGAGUCCAUCUCACACUGACCGAAUCCAGAGGGGCUCACCUGCUGACCGCAAGAACUGGAGACAGCCACCACGAGAUGGACAGAAACAAGACAUGCUUGAUAGCAUGCAGAGAUGGAGGGAGAGAAACAGAAUCGUGUCAAUUGAAAGGUGCCUCACGAGACGGGAUCUUUUAGAGCUCUGUUUGGAAGUAGAUAGCAGUGAUUGCAACAGUGCUGUUCAAAACAAAGAGAAGUCAAGCAUCAGUCUCGAGUAUAAGUGUGACAAAUGUAAAGUGUGCUUUGAAGACCUCUCACCAGCUGUCAGCCACAUCAGAGAAAGAUCCCACAGAAGGAAAGCCAAGGAACUGCAGAAGUUGACUCUGCUGUUGAAUAUACCACCUCCUGGAAAAGCACAAUGUAAUUCAAUCAGUUCCGCUAUAGAGAGUGUCAUCACCAAAUAUAGUUUCAAUGAUCAGGAUUUGAAACAACGGCAGAGUAUUCUUACUCUCAUUGAGCAAGUCCUUCGACCCGUCCUACCGGAAUGCCAGUUCAGGUUAUAUGGAUCAUCUUGCACCAAGUUUGGUUUCAAGGAUUCAGAUGUAAACAUUGAUGUGAAGUUUCCGUCCCAUUUGCAGCACCCAGACGUUCUCCUCCUAGCUCAAGAGCAUCUCUCUAAAAGUGCUCUUUUUGUCAGUGUGGAGGGAGACUUUCAUAAGAGGAUGCCGGUUGUUGUUUGCAAAGAGAAAUCAAGUGGUCUGAUAUGUAGAGUCAGUGCAGGCAAUGAAAGUGCUUGCCUGACAACAGCAUAUCUGACUGAGAUGGCGAGUCAGGAACCACUGCUCAUCCCUCUGACCGUGUGCUUCAGAUACUGGGCCAAGAUUUGUGAUGUGGAUCAGAUUGAAGAAGGUGGACUUCCAUCCUAUUGCUUUGCCCUCAUGGUCAUCAGCUUCCUUCAACGACGCAAGGAACCAAUCUUACCUUCAUACCUCGAGUCUGUGGGUUUGCCCUUGAGUAAACUGAAGGGUUUCUCCUUAACUGGUGUUGAAAAGGGGCAUGUGCUCUGGAUGUUUGAUCAAACCAACAAUGAUUCAUCUUGUGAAAAAGUCAUCAGGAAGGGAAAGGUCCCGCUGGUUUUUAAAGACCACAGUCCUUCUGUUCCAUUAGGGAAGCUUUGGGUUGAGUUAUUACGAUAUUAUUCACUGGAGUUUCGAAUACCAGAGAAAGUCAUUAGUGUGCGAACCAAUGGCGACCUAUGGCGUGAUCUUAAAGACUGGCCUAGGAAACGGAUUGCAGUAGAAGAUCCGUUUGCCGUCCAGAGGAACGUGGCUCGGACGUUGAAUAGCCAGCUGAUGUUUGAUUACUUCUUGCAUUGUCUCAAAACAUCAUAUAAGUACUUUGCUUCUCCUGCUAAAUCCCCUGCAGGCAAAACCAGUUCUAAUAGGCGAACUGACAACACUGUACAUAUCAAGCAACAGUCUAAGAGUGACACAAAUCAUGUUGAUUCAGCAUUGAGAAGCACAAAAGUGGCCACUGAGGUUUCGGUCAGGAAACAUGCAAGGUGCAGCCCAGAUCAUGCAGAACAUCUGGAAGACUCGGACUGUAUGAUUGAGCUGGAACAGGAUGAUGAGGAAGAAUGUGACACUGACACUGAGGCUGAAGACGAGGAAGAAGAUGAUGAUGAAGAUGACGACAUAGAGCUUGAUGAAUCCGGGUGUGAUCAUUGGGGUGAUGAGAUCUUCCCCUUCGACCGGGAGAUGAGUGAUGUGAUGGGCUCAGAUUCAGACCCAGAGGAAAAGAAACCCCAGGCAGAGCUUCCCAAAUCUCUAUCACCUGUACAAACACAGUCAGACCCUGAAGGCUUUCAAUAUGUCUUCAACAAGCGAGUGUUGAGCGAUGGCAAGUCACACAUUCUAGUGUGCAGCCUCUGUAAGAGUGAUGGACAUUUAAAACAGGACUGUCCUGAAGACUUCAAGCGAAUGGAAAUAGAACGGCUUCCACCUUUGACUCCAGAAUUCCGCAAGACACUCAGUGAAGUCUGUGAGCAGUGCUACCGUGACUUUGCACCAGAUGAUGUUGAGGAGCAGGUCAGAGAGCAUAUUCUGCAGGACUUGGAGACAUUCUUGAGAUGUCAAGUGCCAGGAGCCAAGUUGGUUCUGUUUGGAUCAUCUAAGAAUGGCUUUGGCUUUAAACAGAGUGACUUAGACAUCUGUAUGACUCUAGAAGACCAUGACACAGCAGAGGGCUUGGACUCCAUUGCGAUUAUUGAGAGCUUGGCUAAAGCGCUACGUAAACACCAAGGUGUGAGAAACAUCCUGCCUAUUACUACUGCCAAAGUCCCAAUUGUGAAGUUUUACCACAUCAAAACAGGACUAGAGGGAGAUAUAAGCUUGUACAAUACACUGGCUUUGCACAACACACAGUUACUGGCAUCAUAUGCUGCCAUUGAUGCUCGUGUGAAGAUCCUCUGCUAUGUCAUGAAAGUGUUUUCCAAAGUAUGUGACAUUGGAGAUGCAUCACGUGGCAGUUUAUCUUCCUAUGCCUACACACUUAUGGUGCUGUACUUCCUUCAACAAAGAAACCCUCCUGUUAUCCCUGUUCUCCAAGAGAUAUUUGAUGGGGAGAGGAAACCUGUAGUGCUUGUAGACGGCUGGGAUGUGCAUUUCUUUAAGGAUUUAAAGAAUUUGCGUGAUUACUGGCCGGAGUACAAGAAGAAUAAGGAGUCGGUGGGGGAACUGUGGCUCGGGCUGCUGCAAUUUUACACCGAGAUAUUUGACUUCAAGGAGAACGUCAUAUGUAUCCGCAGGAAGGAGCCUCUCACCACUUUUAAGAAGCAGUGGACCUCCAAACAUCUUGCCAUCGAGGAUCCCUUUGAUUUGAGUCAUAAUCUCGGAGCUGGUCUCUCACGGAGAAUGGCCAGCUUCAUCAUGAAAGCCUUUAUUAAUGCACGCAGUGUCUUCGGCACCCCUGUCAGAGUUUACCCUCCAGAGUAUUCAAAUAAAAUGGAGUACUUUUUUGACCCAGAGGUGCUCACCGAGGGCAAACUCGCACCCAACGACCGCUGCUGCCGGAUUUGUGGAAAGAUUGGACAUUUUAUGAAAGACUGUCCAAUGAGAAAGAGACAGAGGCAUGACAAUACUGAUGGAUUUCUCAGUGGGCGUGACGUCAUGAAGUUCAGCAAGGGAAUGAAGGACUGCAACCCUUAUAAGAAUGGAAGGUGGCGACAGAAGGAAGAGAGAUGCUGUUUUCUGUGCGGCUCCAGUUCUCACAUAAAGAGAGACUGCCUGCUGUCUAAAUCUCUAGGUAGCUCUUCAUCUCAGAGUCCUCUCCACACACAUACCAAAGAAGUCCUGCUUCAGACAGAGACAGACAAGGCAGUCCUCAACAGGACAGGAAGAGGAAGCAGAAAGCAAAGAGGGUAAUUUUGGGUCCUGAAGCAGGUAGUCUUGCCAGCAGGAACACAUCUGUAAAUCAGUCUGUCCAGAAGUGGAGCCCUUUCCAGUAAAACCUUUACAGUGAACUAUUACAGACUACAGUGAAUUAUGUCUGAUCCGCAACAGCCUAAGCAGAGUAUUAUCUUAAAUCAAAGUUAGAUCACUCUGAUGAAUGUGCCUUUUAUAGGUGUUUCAUUUUUUUAGUUGUUUUUUCUUAUGGAAGGAACUAUGGUUGUUUCUCAUUUUAUCUGUUUUUAUUUAUUCUUUUUUUUUUUUUCGUUUUGCUUUGUUUUUUUAAUGAAAGAGUCCAGUUGAUUGAAUUUGUAAUUUAGUAAUGUAUCCCCACCUACUGUGUGUUUUUGAAUUAGCUUGAAUUGUUUUAGUAAAUCAGAAGUUUGCACCAUUGUGUCGUGUGUGUUCCAAGAAGCAUUUUGUUUUGUAUAAAUAUGUACAGAAAGAAAUGUUGGUUGGGGUCUGUGUAUUUACAUUGUGCUAAUAUUAAUGCAAGUAAUUGUAGAGCUGUUCUUUGUGCUUUCUUCUGUUUGGCUGGGCUUGGUUUUAGUUUUUACACUUUGUUUUAUAGUUGUGCUUUGAUUUUGCUGGAUGAGUUGUGCAUUUAUUUGCAGGCAGGCUACAGUGCAUUUGCUGCGAUGUCAAUAAACUCGUUUAACAAAAUGGA